UUUGUUUAUUUACAUACAGAUGCACAACAUAACAUAAUAUUUAUCAUCACUGAGAAAACAUAAUACAAUCCUGUAGCAUAAGCCAGUAAAAAUUACUUUUCAGCGUCAACAUAACAUUCUGCGUAUAUAAAAUUCUGUUAUUCUUUCUAAAUUUGAUUCAUUUGAUAAUAAGCAAACAUGUCUGAAAGGAAAGUUUUAAAUAAAUAUUAUCCUCCUGAUUUCGAUCCUUCUAAAAUUCCACGACUUCGCCUUCCUAAGGAUCGCCAGUAUACGGUUCGUUUGAUGGCUCCGUGUAAUAUGAGGUGCACAACUUGUGGAGAGUAUAUUUACAAAGGAAAGAAAUUUAAUGCUCGGAAAGAGACAGUACAAAAUGAAGAGUAUUUAGGUAUCAAGAUAUUUAGGUUUUACAUCAAAUGUCCCCGUUGUCUUGCAGAAAUAACUUUCAAAACAGAUCCAGAAAAUGCUGACUAUAUUGUUGAACAUGGAGCAACAAGGAAUUUCCAAGCAUUAAAACUUGCUGAAGAGGCUGCAGCUAAAGAAGCUAAAGAAAUAGAAGAAGAGGAAAAGAAUAAUCCUAUGAAAUUAUUAGAAAAUCGUACCCAGGCAUCAAAGCAAGAAAUGGAGUUGAUGGAAACACUUGAAGAGUUAAAAGAUUUAAAUCAGAGACAUGCCAAAGUAGAUAUUGAAAAUCUCUUGACAGCCAGACAGAUAGAUAAGCAGCAACAAUUGAUAGAUGAAAUAAAAAGACAAGAGGAAGAAGAUGAAGCUGUUAUCAGAUCAGUGUUUGGUAAAUCUGAAGGAAAAACAAUUAAAAGAAUUAUUGAAGAAGAGGAGGAGAAAGUAGAGGAAAGAACAGCAAUAAGUAAUAUUAAAACUGUGGAAAACCCUAACAAGAAGCAACGUCUAACCACAUCAAGUAUUGGAAUCUUAUCAGCAAAACCCAAAGGAAAUCUUGUUAAACUGAAGACAAAUGAAUCUACUGCAGAGAAUUCUUUCGAUAAUACUGGUUCAUCAAGUAAAAUUCAUUCAAAAAUGAGUAAUCAAAAGAAAUCACUACUAACUAAUUUAGUAACAAUUAAAAAUGAAAUUACAACUUCUGACAAAAAUAAGCAGAGUGCUCCAAAUGCUUUAUCUUUACUGGGGGAUUAUUCUGACAGUGACUCUAAUAGCUCUUGAUUUCAAUGUCUAAGGAUUAAUCAAGAAGUGAAUAAAAUCUCACAAUGGGACUUAAUUUAUUUUUUUUUCAUAAGUGCAUAUGAACUCUGUAAAUAUUUCUUUAUAAAUCUGUUUUAGUUUCUGAA